ACUCGCCGUCUUGCGUCCCAUGUACCGUGGAACUUAUUGUUAGCAGAAUGCCGUGGCUGUCACUGUGACGCGUGCGUGCUGUGCGUGUUAGAUGCCAGUGUGUGCACGCAGGAGUGGCGUUUGCCCACAUUUCGUCAUCUGUUGAUGCUCGUUGAGAAAAGCUGUGAGGUUACGUUCGAGCCCAGCGGUUAGCGAUCGGUGUGCACCAAAAGGUCUUAUGUUUAUCUCCUUUGGCUGACUUUCGUUCGUUCAGACUGUACUGGUUCAGUUAGAUUUGUUUUGUUUAUUUGUUGGUUUGAAGUUUCAUCAAUGUGUUAGUUAACGUGGGUUGUGCAGCAAAUGGCAGUGGUGAAAUCAAUGUGGCUAAAACAUGGCUGAGGAGCUACUGGUUACAUUAAACCGGAGCGACACGUCCGGAUUUGGUUUUUCGUUGCUCGGGACAGCCGGUCUUCCACACAUCGUUUAUGACAUCGUUGAAAAUUCGCCGGCGGCUGAAAGCGGCAAGGUUGAAGCUGGUGAUGUUAUCCUCAGGGUGAAUGAAGUUGACGUAAACAGAUUCAGUACAAAAGAAGUACUAAAAUGUCUCCGGCUCUCGUCAGAUCCAGUCACCCUAAAACUACGAAGGGAUCCUGCCAUAAAAGCACGAGUUCGCCGGCUUCUCUCACCCGGGCAUCCAGCCUGCGAGGAGUUCGACGUAUCGAGGACCACCUUUGACACAAAUUCUCAGGAAAAGUCUUCCAGCAACCACGAAGGGAAGGACCAUCGUAAGCCAGGAACACCGGAACUAGCAGUGGGUCCGCCGCAGGCGCCUACCGGAUCAUACUAUGCAACUCGCACAAACGGGUCAUACAGUGAUGCCUCGUGUUCCUCGGAGCUCGAAGCUCUUCUUCCACAGGUUGAUAGCUUCAAAGAGGAGGAACGUGCCCAGUGGGAACCACUAUCCGCUGAUAAAUUCAACCGGCAGAAAAAUCCCCCCAGGUUCGAGGCCUACAUGAUGACUGGCGAUUUGAUGUUGAACCUAUCGAGGACGCAGCAAAGUACCGGACUCCUUCCGAAAUAUCAGAAAAAAGUGGAUUCUUUGAGGUACAACAAUCACCACAUACACCAUCAUCACAAUCACCAUAAUCACCAACAUCAUAACUCGGUACCUACGAGUCCCAACGAAAUGCUGAGCCACCGAAUGCACAGGGGUGGGGCUGGCUCUAAUUCUGCCAGCACCUCGCCCGUCGGUAUUAACAUCAGGCGCGAGUGCGGACAAGGUGCCGGUAGCGAUAGCAAAUCCAACUCGAACUUCGGCUACUCUAGCAGCUUCGUGCGGACCUCCAGGUCCGAGGAUCACCUACAAUUCCAGAAGGAUCCGUCAAUGAGCGCCGUGGACAUUGACAUUGACGACGACGUUACGUCGAGUCUUAACACGCUUCUAGACACACGACCUGACAGUGGUCAAGGGAUAUCCAGCGAACGAAUCGUCUGGACUUACAACGCUCCUGUUAGUUCACCUUCCGCUUCUGAGCGGACUUCCUGUUGCCAAAAUGGUAGCUCUUCACAGUCUUCGAGUAGCUCUCGUUCCUCGACUGAAGGAACCAGUCCUCAGCGUUCCUUGUCCCCCGCCUCUCCAACCUCUGUAUCUUCUUCCGUUAUGUCCUCGAAUUCUGGCUCCCGCAGGUUUCCUCUACCAACGGCUACUGCUGGUGCACCUUCCGGCCCAGUGGGCGAUGGGACACCCACGGGUAGUGGAGUCGGGAGCAUCUCAGGAGCAGGUGGAUACUUUCAUCCGACAAAUGGUGACCUCAGUCAGUCUGAGGCCAUCAGCAACAUGUCCAGCCCUGAUUAUAAUGACGAAGAAACAAUGGACAUACUUAGUGCCCGUGAUAUUAUGAUGGUUAGUGACCCUAGUGACAGUGAUUCCACAAUAUUAGCGAGUGAACCUCCUCAGAGGAGACUCCAAAACCCUGGUUACGGAACUAACCAAGACAGUACUGAGCAUAGAAUAGUUAUUCAAGUUAAGGGACCCGAUAAGGAAACCACUGGUAAUAGAAACAACAGCCUUCGCCAACCCCGACGACGAGGGAAUACUUCGACAUCGAAUGCGUCAGAGCUCGUACCUCCUUCGCAGAAUACACAACGGUUUCAGUCAACGGUCAGCUCUGGGAAUGUCACACCGGAGUUUGUGGGCUAUCAGGAGCUGAAAGAGAGCGAGGAUGAGAAGGAGGUAGCAACCGUGGGCGAUUACGAGGAGCAACAACACAUUGUUAAAGGUUCAUCGCCGCCACAAUCUGCGGAUGAAGAAAGUGACAUUGAAAGUUUGCAUAGCUUUCAUUAUAGUCCAAAAGCUGUUGAUCUCCCAUCUGCUGUAAGACUAGCAAAACGAUUGUAUUCACUUGAUGGAUUCAAAAAGUCUGACGUCUCCAGACACCUUAGUAAAAAUAAUGACUUUAGUCGAGCUGUGGCUGAGGAAUAUUUGAGGUAUUUUAAUUUUGAGCAGGACACGCUGGACGUGGCUCUCAGAAAGUUCCUUGCCCAAUUUUCGUUGACUGGUGAAACUCAAGAGAGAGAACGAGUUCUUGUACAUUUCUCAAAAAGGUUUCUCGACUGUAAUCCGGGUACAUUUAAUUCUCAAGAUGCUGUACAUACAUUGACUUGUGCUAUAAUGUUGCUCAAUACUGACCUGCACGGUCAAAACAUUGGUCGUAAGAUGUCGUGUUCGGAAUUUAUUGAAAACUUAUCAGAGCUAAACGACGGAGACAACUUCCCUAGAGAGGUGCUCAAACAACUUUACAAUGCUAUAAAGUCAUUUCCUCUGGAAUGGGCACUAGACGAUGAAGGAGACGAUGCCGCAUCCCAAAUCAUGCAACAGGGGGAUGGUCCAACGUUAUCCGGAACUGGUAACCCGUUUUUGGAUGUCCCAAACGUAACUGGUGCUACAGAAUUUAAGAAAGGCUAUGUAAUGAGAAAAUGUUGUUAUGAUGCAAAUGGAAAGAAAACACCAUUUGGUAAACGAGGUUGGAAAAUGUACUACUGUACAUUAAGAGAACUGGUCUUAUACCUACAUAAAGACGAGCAUAGUUUUCGCAGCGAUAGCUUACAUAAUGCUAUAAGAAUUCAUCAUGCACUAGCAACAAAAGCCGCUGACUAUACAAAGAAGCAGCACGUCUUUAGACUGCAAACUGCUGAUCAAGCUGAGUACCUCUUUCAAACUAGUGAUUCUAAAGAACUACAGUCUUGGAUUGACACGAUCAACUUUGUAUGCGCCAGUUUUUCUUGUCAACCACUCGCAGGAGCUGUCGGAUCUCAGCGUAAAUUUCAAAGGCCUCUGCUUCCAUGCAGUCAUACGAAACUAUCUCCUAGAGAACAGUUACGAGACCAUGAAGAAAUUGUCAGUCGACUAGAAGCAGAGCUGGAUGAACACAGAAGACAUCCGCCAGAACGAAAUUCAAAGGCUUUAACUGUACAAAACUACAAAGAAAAAGAUGUAUAUUUACAUUAUGAGUUGAAGAGGUAUAAGACCUACGCAUACUUGCUGCGAUCACGGUUGGCCUUUACGGAUGUGGAACCUUCGCUGGUCGAAAGCAGUAUCGGUGAGGUUGACGAAGGGACUGGAAACUUGGCUAAUACUGACAUAGCACUAGUACCGCCGCCUGUUCCGGAUCGACUACCUACAAAUAGGUACAGUUACAGGGCUGCAAUUUACAAUCGUAACUUACUAAAUGAUGAAGAUUGUGGGGAGAACCUUGGUUGAUGGGUAGUGGGUGUAUUUAUUCUCAACAUGCAUUUCAUUGUAUUAUUUGCUUAUACAGACAUGAUUUCACGUUUGACAGAAAAUUAACUAAUAUAUGUAGAGCCAAGAAUGGAGAAAGCAAAUCAUUCACAUGAUGAUGUAAUCCAAACAGGAAGCAUACUCUGCCAAGUGAAUCAACUCUAAUCAAGCGUGACUGUUUUCAUUACCAAUCACUUACAUCGGGCAAUACUCUGACUGAAGUAUCAAAGCAUCAAAAUCCUUGGGAAGUCGGAAGCCUUUCCUCCGUGUUUUUAGUAAAGUUAUUAAUGUUUGCAAAAGAAAUCUUAACAAAAUGAAUUUAGAAAUUUUGUAUCAAGAUGCAAGUUUCGAAUUUUAGAUUAAUCAAAUGAGCAAGAACGGACUAUAAUUAUAGUGAUUAUAGCAGAAUACAUAUAGCAAAUAUUCAACAGAAAAUCCUGGUCGAGGCACACUCAAUGCACCUGCAGCAACACAAUCACAUUUGUUACAUGAAUCAAACACAGUCAAGAACCUUAACUACUAAUCUCGACUCGUACAUUAAAGUAGCAUUUCGUAAAAAUCGGUGGGAUAUAAGCUGCAAACUCAUUUUGUAUAGCUUGCGAUCGUACCUGUUUUUACAAGAUAUGCUGAUUGCUAACUCUGAAACUAUAGAGUCGGUAGUCCUCGCCAAUUGUCUUUGAUUCACGUAAAAUAGGUAUCUAAGCGUGUGUGCGCGAGUGUACUGAGUCGUCUUGACUGGCCCUUACCCAAAUAUUUCCCAUCGAGUUUAUUUCUGUGAGAACUAAUGAAUUUUAAAUAGACAAAAAAUUUAACAUCUCUCUCCACAGUACAGUAAACUGACACAGUAAACAGAAUUAUUUUAUAUUUGAGAUCAGUCUGUACUGUGUGAUGUGGCGUUCGACAACCCUUACAGAAAUUACUACUACAGUACUAUUGAUGUACUGUACCGUUGAUGUGUCUUGUAUUUUCGCCACUGCUGGAGAACUCUCUAUUAAUGAAAUGCUGCACUCUUUGCCUUUGUAGAGAGUACGCAGUGACCUCCCGCCACUUCCCGGCAUUAGACAUAUGUAUAUGAGAAACUCAGCGACUGACAAGGAGAUACCAGAAAACGCCAGUCGAGUUUCGUGAUGAGACUUCGCAUGAAAGUAGCGGGGACAGGUACAAUUAAGACCUUAGCUGGUUAUAUCUUUUAAGGCUUAAUGAGCGAAUAUUAGAGUUGUUAGUCCAACGGUUAGUACUUCGAUCUCCCACCUGUGCG